GAAGGCGUUUACAUUUGUUUGGUCGUAUGGGUUUGUUCGCCCGGUCCGCGGUCGUGAGAGUUUGAGAUACAGAGACUCACAACUACUACAGACAGGUUUCCUGUGUGCUGUUCCAGUGUCCUAACCUUUAUCCUAGCCACUCCUAGUCUUACUUUGUUGACUGAAAUCGAGCACUCGAAACCGCAUAAAUGUCUUCAAUCACGUUCCCGAACUUGGGCGACGAGAUGGGCUCAUCUUCCAGCUCACUGCACGACCCGAUGCAGGCGCCCUUCUACACGCCUCCUGCGUUCGACAUGUCAAAUUCCUUUCAAAUGAACCCUCUUUCUGCGCACCCGCCUCGUACGCCCCGCCCGAGUACCGCUGCGCAGUCGCACUCGCACUUUAGGAACAUGAGCAUGAGCAUUAGCGUGUACGACGAAAAGGCAGAGGAAGAACAAGACGGAGAGACGGUCAAAGCGGACAAGGUGGAGGUAGAUGAAGACGAAGACGUGGAGCUAGACGAGGAAGACGUACGUGUAAAAGAAGCUGAAAAAUUGGUCGGGACACACGAGGUAUGGCGGGAUAUGUUUGUUACAAGUAAUGGACGGGAUAAAGCAUUUAAAUUAAUGCAAUACUCGAUACGUGUGUAUCUGCUCUUCCACAGCAAGAUUUUAUUUCGUAGCGGAAAGUCCGCUUGGCAGCGGGAAAUUGUACGGAGGCUUGUGGCUGCAAAAAAUGGGUUCUCCUUCACUAGAAAAAUGCUCAUCAUGUUCAACUGGUUAGCCCCCCUGAGUCAGGUAUUAGCGCAACAAUCUGUGCCCUUCUCGUCUUCCGGCUCUUCCCUUAUCCCUCACAGCUUCACAGCCACCCCCGCGUCAUCCUCUAAAUCUUCGCAAUUGUCGGGGGGCCCCUUCCUUUCGCACCCGGUCCUUCGUGCUUUGUUAUCGGCUCCACCCCCUGUUCUCCUCGAGCUUGUAAACGGCCUGUCAGAUGAUAUAUACUCGCUUUCGCGACUCGGCCUAAUUGGUCCUAAGCUGGGAGAACGCGCGGCCCGGUUUGCUGACUGGUGUUGGCUAUUUGCUACACUGGUCGGUCUGGUUGAGAAUGGAGUCGAAAUGGGACUUAUUGAGGGCCAACAACGAGAAGUUCAAUCAAGGGCAUACAAAGAGUCCCUCUCGGGGGCUACUUCCAAGUCACAACCAAAAGCGUCAAAAAUUGACGAGCGUGAGCUAACACGCCUGCAAAAGAAGAACUACUGGCUCCAGGCCUCAAGGGCGAAACUUGUCAUGGAUCUCAUCUUCGUCUCAUAUGAUAUCUUCAGGAUCAAAGGGUGGAAAGACACUGUCCAGUCCUUUACUGGCCUUGCAGCAGCAGUCCUUAGCUCCGCAAAAUUGUACGACAAGUAUAGAACUGCGCUUGUCAACAAGGCCCUGACUAGUUGAACGUCAUGGCACUAGCUAUUCGUGACUUGAAUGAGGAAAAGGUGAUCGAAGCAUGUUCAUUUACGCCUCUUGCCGUGCCCAAACGUUGACAUGCUUCCGGUGUUCGACCGUUCCUCGUGUGCUUCAUCUAUGUUAUCAUGCAUGUUUUUACUACUACCCAUCACCUCGCAUCGCAUACUGAUUUUUUGGUUGUUUUUUAAUACCCUUUGCUAAUAUAUUGCUUGAUUUCGCCUUGGUCACG